AUGAGUGAGUAUUUGAGUGGACUUGGCAUGCGCGAAUACAACGCUGCAAUGAAAGCUCUUCAAACAGCCGUCACCCGCAAAAAGAAGGGUGACUUCAAGAUUGGCCAGUUUAUGACGGAUUCUGUGAACAUUGGUGCACCCUCACGAGAAGAGGAUUUAAGUGGCACUCCGACUACUCCGGCUGCACCAACUCAGUUUGCACGCAACCGAAGCGAAAGGCGUUCAAGAAGCGCAACAAAGCGAAUUGAUUACGUCUGGUGA